CAAAUAUCAAUGGCGUCACCGCUGAAUUGAAUGAUCUAACCAACAUUUAUCUGCAACUAAGUGAUUUUUGAAUAGUAUUUUCUACAUAAAGUUCUUGAGUUUAAAAAUUUGUGUCACUGUGUCCUUACAGCGAAUUGGUGAAAGAGGGCUAUGAGAAGAUAUUUUAAAAGGACUGAAGGAAAUAUAUAGAAAAGGCAAGAAAGAUGCAGACAAUAAAGUGUGUUGUUGUCGGUGAUGGUGCUGUUGGUAAAACUUGUCUACUUAUCAGCUACACUACUAACAAGUUUCCAUCGGAAUAUGUACCAACAGUUUUUGACAAUUACGCUGUGACUGUCAUGAUUGGUGGAGAGCCAUAUACACUGGGUCUCUUUGAUACUGCUGGUCAGGAGGACUAUGAUAGACUGCGACCCCUCAGCUAUCCACAAACAGAUGUUUUCCUUGUAUGCUUUAGUGUUGUCAGUCCCAGUUCUUUUGAGAAUGUCAAGGAAAAGUGGGUUCCUGAAAUCACUCAUCACCAACAGAAAACACCAUUCCUGUUAGUAGGAACACAGAUAGACUUGCGUGAUGAUUCAGGGACUAUGGAGAAGCUAGCGAAAAUAAAGCAAAAACCAGUCUCUUUGGAACAGGGAGAAAAGCUUGCUAAAGAAUUGAAGGCUGUGAAGUAUGUUGAGUGCUCUGCAUUAACUCAGAAAGGACUGAAGAAUGUCUUUGAUGAAGCAAUCUUAGCUGCUCUGGAGCCUCCAGAACCUGUAAAGAGAAGGAAAUGUGUUGUUUUGUAAUAACACUUGUACUGGUAAUUGUGUUCGCUGAGACACAAUAAACUGUAAUAUUCAUUCAAUAUUUUGUAGAGCAACGAUCAGGCUUUCACUCUUGAAUAUUACAGUAUCUACUUGGCCAUCUUUUAUCACAACAAGGCUGCAUUUGUUGUUUAUUCAAAUAAUGCAUUUUAAUUCAUUUAACUAAAAAUACUUUAUUUAUGCUUGCUGUGUUUAUACAUAAAUACCAAUGAAAUAUUAAGUUUGUACGUAUUACAAAUAACAAUGGUAUAAUUAUGUUCCAUUAAUCUUGUUAUCGACAUACUAAGUGAAUCCAUUAUUAUUGUAUUCUCGCAGCCUGUUUGGGAGUAUAAUUAAUUUGUCUGAAGUACUGUGAAUAUAAAAGUUUGUAUAUUGUAAUCUUAUAUUAAAUUUAUUAUUUUUGUUUACAUAGGAAAAGAAAGUGUAUGUUUUAAUAUCUGAGGCGACUCUUAUUUGAGACAAGUCAUUGUGUCUACAUCGCUAUAACACUCGGCCUGUUUGACAUAAUGAGCAUAGUUGUUUACAAUCAGGAAACAUCUGUUUUGAGAACAAGUAACAAGAUCAGCUAAAUGUUCCUGGUGAAAACACCUGAUUGUAAGUGAAAUUCCGUUAGAUGCUAAGUCACAGUGGCCUAGUAAUUCACUGGGCCAUUCAAAUCGAAUUACAAUUAGUUCAUUCACACUACCGCUUUCGGCAACCAAUGUCAUUCCACAAACACGCGUUUUGCAAGAAAUUUCUUGCCUAACACAUCCAAUUUGUGGAAUCAAUUACCGGCUGCUGUUUUCCCAAACCGAUAUGACUUAGGGACCUUCAAGAAAAAAGCAUUCUGCCACCAUAAAGGCCUGGAAACAGAUCUCUUGACACCUGUUGUUGCGGAUAUCUAUGGGCGACUGUCUCACCACUCCCCAUCCCGUGAUCCUCUUGCCCGUAUGGCCUCUGCUUGGAGACUCAAAAAGGCAUAGCUGUGUAUCCAUAUAGCAGCCCCUCUACUUGUAUGAAUUUUCAAAUACCUGUGUGAACUUCAGGUAUGAUAUGGUACUGACAGGAAGCAUUAAUGUGGUGAUAUCUUUGAAUGUUUACCAAUAUAUAUUCAAAUGUAUUGAAUAACAAACCUACCCAAAAAGUCCCCUUUUAGGUGGUAAUCAGGUCAAGAUUCGAUUUGGUUAUCGGGUUUCUAAUUUUCCGAAUUCAUGCACUCAUGAAUUUUGGUCGUGCAUUGUGAGAGAAAUGUAUAACUUUUCAAAUCUGGCUAAAAGUGCAGGAGCUCAUUUGGGUCCUCACAGGCACCACCCACACAAUUGAUAGAUCUUUGCUGGCUGAUCAGCAAGCUAAGUUCACGGAUUUUCUUCCAGGCUGGAGAAUUUCUGUCUGCAUACCCAGAAUUAUUUUGCAAAGAAAGUGUUCCUUCAUACAGAACACAAACUUCUAAUUUUAAAUUUUGAUUUAAUUGUCAUAUACAAUCCAAUAUACAUUUUGAAACCAAUUUGGUUUUAAAAACAUUUUAUACUAUUAUUGGGAAUAGUGAUUUAAACAUUUUAUUAAGUUUUACAGACUGUAUGUAAUAUAGGAAAAGUAAUUUCCAUUUAUUAGUUGUGGUCGAGCUCUCCCUCUGUUACUUCACUUCACCUCAGGUGUAAAUGAUAUUGUUGACUAUAUGAGGCCAUGAGAGCCAUGGCUUUGAACAAUAUUAUAAAAAUAUAGUCAGGCUGCUAUGGUUUUCAUUGCCUGAUAUAUUAAUAAUGAAAAUUAUUGACAAUAACCCCCCUUUACAAUCUUAUCACAACUUUAUAGAUUAGUAAACAAUAUAGCUAUAUUAUAAAUAUAUUGAGAUACUGGUGUUUUCAUAGUUUUGUAAAAUCCCGCUAGAAACUAAGUUGCGAGUUUAUCAUCUCAACUAUAUACAAUCAUGUAAAUAUAAGAGCCAUAUUUAGAUAUAAUUGACAAACAAACAGGCUGUUGGUCUGCAAGGCUUAUCUUCAAAUACUACGUCAAUUUUGUAACUUCACAAGUAAUUUUAAAUUAUAAAUAUACCUAAAAUAAUGCCGACUGUAUAACUAACUUCAAAUAUAUUAAUAGUGUAUUAUAUUAAUUUUAUUAUUUUAUAAUAAUAUCUAUGUAGCCAACAAUUAGACUGAAAAGUAUUCAGAUGACAUAUUAUGUAAUGGUUAUUGUGUUGUCAUAUUUGUUAUUUAAGUUAUUUAUUAAUAUUGUUCAUAAAAUAUUAAUAGAAAUCAUUCAUCAAUUCAAUUGGCAAGCAAAAUCUAAAAUCAUUAAUACACACAAAAUAGUGACUAAGGAAUCUGAAAAUUUGCAUUAUUAAGUAUUGCACCUCAUAACUGAUUUUUAAUAUUAAAAUAUUCACCUAUAUUGUGAAAUUAUAUUAUAUAAAUGUGGCUUGUGCUUCAAGCCUUGAAACGCAGGUUUUGUCCUUUACGAGCCUCACUCAGAAUACUUACAAUAAGGGUAUUUGUGAAGUUGUUGAGUCAUCUUAUGAUGUCACUGAAGCAUCUGCAAACAUCUUAUGCCUUAAAGAAUAACAAAAAGAAAAACUAUCCAGUUACUAGUUGAUCGAAAAUUAACGACUAAACAUAGUCCGGAAUUAAAAGACCUACCAGUAACAAAGUGAGUGUUUGCUACAAAUAUUAUUAACAUUAAUCCCUCCUCCAAUGUACAACCUCUGAACUCGCAAGUGAAUUUUACUAAAAAGUAAUUAAUAAGGACGGCAUUUUAUUAACUAUAAUUAAAUAAUAUAUCUUUUGCAGUGUUAUUAUAAUAUAACAAGCGAAUUAUUUUCUAGUGUAUUUAUUUAGAUGUCAGUUUAAUAUUUGUAACUUUUGUAUUCUAAUUAUCUCUUUGAUACUUCCAGUAUCAGUAUCUAGACAUAGGUGUAUAUUGUAUUAAUAAAGUAUAUAAGACUC